AUGGUUCAAGGUGACGAAGAACUGGGAAAGGCUGCCAGCCUCUUUUCUGGUCCCAUCGAAGUGAUGGCGGAGCAUCCAGAGUUUGGAUGGUUGGAAGGUCCAGUGUGGAGCGAAUCUGGUCAAUUCCUCUUGUUUAGCGACGUCACGUGGGAGGAUGAAAGCAAUGUGACUUGUGGCAUGAUUUGGAAGUACGACAAUACUGUCGACAUUGACGACGAUGGCUUGAGCAAGUUCAUUGAGUGCUCGGGUCUCAUUGGUCCAGGUGAUACACCUGCCAACAUUGACAACUAUGUCGAGGCUGGAUCGAAUGGAUUGGAAUGGGGAUGGAAGGGCGAUGCAGCCGACGGCGGUGACUUGCUCAUCUGUCAGCAUGGCAAGCAUCGCCUGGUGCGCAUUAACCUCAACGACGUGGACGAAGCGACAGCCUCGAUUGAUCCAGCCAAGGUUGUCGUGUUGGCCGACAUGUACAUGGGCAAAGGCUUCAAUUCCCCCAACGAUCUCGUCUUGGAUGGCGACACGCUUUACUUUACGGAUCCGCCGUUUGGACUUCAAAUGAGGAGUUCCGGGGACCAAGCAAUUGCCGAUGCCUUUGCCAACUUGACACAAGACGCUGUUGGUGUCUAUACCAUUACAGGCGAUCCUGGUGCCGCCAACUCGCCAGUCGAACCUGUUCGUGUCUUGGAUUAUGGCAGUCCGACCGAUCCAUGGGAGGGGACCAAUGGUGUGGCAGUGCUACCCAAUGGCGACAUGAUUUGUCCCAUUUCAAAUUUUGAAGAUCCUCGAUUCGAACUCUUUGCACAAGCAGACAAGACGAAUGACGGUACCACAUUCAACAUGCCAGCUUCAAGUCGCUUGGAAAGUACGUAUCGCAUUCAAGGCGCCAACAGCGGUUUUCCAGCACUCACUGACGGUAUUACGUAUUCGCCCGACCACAACGUGCUCUUUGGAUCGGGCCCCGGUGGCGUCUACAUGUUCAAUGGCACGGCGCCGUAUGAGCUUUUGGGCUUUUUGCGCAUUGACGAUUUGAAUGCCAACAACGUCGUUGGUGGCGGCUAUUUGUGGCUCACGGCCAACAAAAAACUCCUACGCAUUCCGUUGGCCAACGCCACAGCUACAGGAGACGACGACCAUGAUCACGACGGCGGCGACCAAGAUCACGACAACGAUGGGGACAGUGGUACCGACAACGAUGGGGACAGUGGUACCAGUACUAGUACUAGUACCUCAGGUGCUUUCUCCAUGAACUGUCCCAUCACGCCCAUCUUCACGGCUAUCGCGAUUGCUGUGAGUUCUUAUUCUUUGUUGUGGUAA